GCGGCCUGCGACAUCCAUGUGUUACUGACCAGCAGGAGGCAUCCCCCCACGGCAGCGCUUCAUGACCCAGCGGCGUCCGGCCCUCUGAAGCCACCGUGGUGUCCAGCAUGGCCGUGCUGCUCCUGGGCGCGGUGCUGCUGGUGGCCCAGCCGCAGGUAGUGCCUUCCCGCCCCACCACCGUGGUCACCGAGCCCCCCGGCCAGCCUAGCCAGCAAGAGCUGCUGCGGAAGGUGGCCACGCUGGCGGAUGACCACCUCCCGGACAGCGCGGCCCCCAACGGCUCAGCCAGGCAGCUGCCGCAGACCAUCAUCAUCGGCGUGCGCAAAGGUGGCACGCGUGCACUGCUGGAGAUGCUCAGCCUGCAUCCCGACGUGGCGGCUGCAGAGAACGAGGUGCACUUCUUUGACUGGGAGGAGCACUACAGCCACGGCUUGGGCUGGUACCUCAGCCAGAUGCCCCUCUCCUCGCCGCACCAGCUCACGGUGGAGAAGACCCCCGCGUACUUCACGUCGCCCAAAGUGCCUGCGCGGGUCCACAGCAUGAACCCGGCCAUCCGGUUGCUGCUCAUCCUGCGCGACCCGUCAGAGCGCGUGCUGUCUGACUACACCCAAGUGUUCUACAACCACGUGCAGAAGCGCAAGCCCUACCCGUCCAUCGAAGAGGUCCUGGUGCGCGACGGCCGCCUCAAUGUGGACUACAAGGCACUCAACCGCAGCCUCUACCACGUGCACAUGCAGAACUGGCUGCGCUUCUUCCCACUGCACCACAUCCACAUUGUCGACGGCGACCAGCUCAUCAGGGACCCCUUCCCCGAGAUCCAGAAGGUAGAGAGGUUCCUGAAGCUGUCGCCACAGAUCCACCCCUCGAACUUCUACUUUAACAAAACCAAGGGCUUUUACUGCCUGCGAGAUAGCGGCCGGGACCGCUGCUUGCAUGAGUCCAAAGGCCGGGCACAUCCCCAUGUCGACCCCAAACUCCUCAAUAAACUGCAUGAAUACUUCCACGAGCCAAAUAAGAAAUUCUUCGAGCUGGUCGGCAGAACAUUUGACUGGCACUGAUUUGCAAUCAGCUAGCCUCGGAACCUUUUCUGUUGUAAGUUCGGGUGUACAUCUGGGGAGGGGGGGGGGAGAAUUUUAAAAGGUCAUUUAAGGUAUAAUUUAUUUGUAAAAUCCAUAAAUUCCUUCUGUACAGUAUUAGAUUCACAAUUGCCAUAUAUACUAGUUAUAUUUUUCUACUUGUUAAAUUGAGGGCAUUUUGUAUUGUUUUUCAUGGUUGUUAACAAUGUGUAAUAAAUGUGUCUAUAUGAAGGAACUAAAAUAUUUCACUGCAAAAAAAGAAAAAAAAAAAGAUUUUU